AAGACUUACCAUGGUAAACCUUUCCUGGAAGCCUAGUUUUUGCAUAUGCUUACAUCCCCCGAUGUUCUCUAUCCAACGGUGAAAACCGCAUGUCUCUAUCACUUUUCGUCCAAAUGUGAUAAGUAUUUCGCCUCGUUUUCAGAAAAGGAUAAUAGUUUAAUUAAUAUUAUACUUUUACAUAAUAAUUUUUAAUUUUUAGCCUGAACAGUCUGCUAUAGAAAUUACGAAUGAAAGUAAUUUAACAUUAAAUUAUAUUCAAAAGUUUGAUUAUGGAUUGUAUACUUGUCAAGCAUCAAACGAGUACACCAGAGCAAAUGCAACAACAUUGAUCAUUGUUGAACAUACAACUCCACAAGCACCAUUAAAUUUUCAUGCUAAUUCAUCAAGUUCAUCAUCAAUUGAAUUGUCAUGGGAGCCAGGCUAUGAUGGUGGUUUACCUCAACAUUUUAUUGUUUGGUAUCGUAAAAUUUCAACUGGAAUAAACAAAAAACUUGAUGAAUGGAAACAAAUACGUGUAUUACCCAAUAAUAUAUCUCAUUUUACUAUAUUUGAUUUGAAUAUAAAUAAUGAUUAUAAUGUAGCAGUUGUUGGUGAAAAUAAAUAUGGUUUGGGAACAUUUAGCUCAAUUUUAAAUGUUAAAAUGAACUCUGGUAAUUCUGUUGGUUAUUUAUAUCAUAAUUCCAGUGAUAAAGCACCGAUUUAUCGACCUCGACCACCAAAUAAUAUUCGUUUAGAAGUAGUUGGUCGUAAUCUUCUUGUCUCAUGGAAUCAUCCUCUAUUUUCUGCUUUUCCGAAAAUUAUCUAUUAUGUUGUACAAAUACGUUCAUUAAUACUUAUUGACAAUCAACAACAGGAAACAGUUGUUAUUAAUUAUCCACAACAUACAUAUUUAUUUAAAAACAUAAAACAUGAUGCAUCCUACGUUGUACAAGUUCUCGCCUAUUCUGAACAUGCUUAUAGUCCACUAAUAGAAUCAAAAAUAACUAUUGAGUUUAAUCGUCUAUCUUUUUAUAGUAGUUCAAAUCGUUUACUUUUAUCCUUAUUAUGUAUUCUUAUCAUACUAACAAUGACUUCACUUUGUACAUGUUUAUUUUGUUUAUUACGUUAUUAUUUACGAAAAAAAUCUUAUUUUACUAAUAUUCCAUGUGAAUCAGAGUCGGUGUGUUCAUGUUUGCCUCGAUUUCGAUACAGACUACAAAAGCAUGCAUUUGAAAAUGAUCGUUAUCAUGCAAGCUUAUUGAAAUCAAGUGAUUUAAUUUCGUCUUCACCAAUUGCGACUAAAGGUUACCAUCAUACAAAUGGUCAUAUAACAGCAAGCGAUUAUCACUCUCAGCAACCAUUCUCUAAAGAAGAUUUUUCGCCAGCUAGCUCUUUAACAACAAAUGGUAUAUCAUUAGCAAAAAUUUUAACAAUUCCACGUUGUCGUGAUGUAUCACAGUCCAAUAGUACACCAGAAUUGACACGUGGUUUCAUUUCAAAUGAUAAUCCACGAAUUGUUGUAUCACCCGAAUUAACAUUAACAAAAAAUGAAAUAAAACCUACAAAUUUAAGUUCAUUUUUUCAACCAAUAACAACAACAACAACAAACAAUCGUCCAUUAGAAGUUGUACCAGAAGAUGAUGAUGGACAACAAUCAACUUCCUUAACAUUAGCUAGAAAUCAAUUUAAUCCACUUUACUCCACAACAACGACUGCUCGUUCUAUUCAACAACCAAGUCCAAAAUUAAUUACAUUUGAUUCAAAUUCGCUAAAACGACGAUCAUUACAGGAAUGA